AUGGUCCAGAUCAGCGAAGUCAAGGGAGGUUCGCGCGAGAACAGGACGAUGGCGCAUACACACAUCAAGGGCCUUGGUCUGCGCCCUGAUGGCACAGCUGAGAGCUCAGCAGAUGGAUGGGUUGGUCAGACAACUGCCAGAGAGGCAUGCGGUGUCGUCGUGGAUCUUAUCAAAGCCAAAAAAAUGGCUGGCCGAGCUGUACUUCUUGCUGGUGGACCUGGUACUGGAAAGACUGCUCUUGCUUUGGCUGUUUCGCAAGAGCUCGGUACCAAAGUGCCAUUCUGCCCUAUUGUCGGAAGUGAAUUGUACUCUGCAGAGGUCAAGAAGACCGAAACACUUAUGGAGAACUUCCGAAGAGCUAUCGGCUUGCGAGUCCGCGAAACCAAGGAAGUCUACGAAGGCGAAGUGACAGAACUCACACCAGAAGAAGCAGAGAACCCCCUCGGUGGCUACGGAAAGACUAUUAGCCAUCUCAUCAUUGGUUUGAAAUCUUACAAAGGCACAAAGAAGCUCCGACUCGAUCCUAGCAUAUACGAAGCUAUCCAGAAAGAGCGCGUGACCGUCGGCGAUGUUAUCUAUAUCGAAGCAAAUACAGGUGCAUGCAAGCGAGUUGGACGAUCGGAUGCUUAUGCUACAGAGUUUGAUCUUGAAGCGGAGGAAUAUGUCCCAGUGCCGAAGGGAGAGGUCCACAAGAAAAAGGAGAUUGUGCAAGACGUGACUCUUAAUGACUUAGAUAUGGCCAACGCUCGGCCCCAAGGUGGGCAAGACCUCAUGUCUAUGCUUGGACAAUUAUCGAAACCGAAAAAGACCGAAAUCACGGACAAACUGAGAGGUGAAAUCAACAAGGUUGUGAGCAGAUAUAUUGAUCAAGGUGUGGCGGAGUUAAUACCCGGUGUCCUAUUCAUCGAUGAAGUGCACAUGCUUGACAUUGAAUGCUUUACCUACUUGAACCGCGCUCUCGAGUCACCGAUCGCACCCAUUGUCAUCCUAGCUUCGAAUCGGGGCAACACCGUCAUCAAAGGCACGGGAGAUGUUACAGCAGCGCACGGCAUUCCUCCCGAUCUUCUUGCCCGUCUUCUCAUCGUACCAACCCACCCUUACUCUCCCGACGAAAUCAAGACUAUAAUCCGACUUCGCGCCAAGACAGAGAAUCUCAACAUUACAGAUCCUGCGCUCGAAAAGGUCUCGGAGCAUGGUAGCAAGAUCAGUCUCCGAUAUGCCUUGCAGCUUCUCACUCCCGCUAACAUUCUUGCGCGAGUGAACGGGCGUUCGGCCAUCGAUGUUCCAGAUGUCACCGAGUGCGAAGAUCUUUUCAUUGACGCGAAGAGAAGCGCUACCAUUGUCAGUCAAGAUAGUGGAAACUUCCUGUCAUGA